AUGGGGUGCUCGACGGCAAAGGGGCUAUCCAAGCCCAUCCCCAACAGGACGUCCACCCGUGCAGUUAAGAAGCUGCAGAGAGUUUUUGUGGAUUUGAGUGGGAGGGCAAGGGUGCUGAGCUUGGGGGGGAAGUGGUACACUCUCGUUGUAAGGGAUGACUGCACGAGGUGGAACCGCGUCUACUUCUUGAAAAACAAGUCAGACGCUGCAGAAGCAUUCGAGAGAUACCUAGCGGAAAACCGGGCAGACGGAGCCCCAUCCGAGGUCAUGGUCGUGCGGUCUGACAACGGAGGAGAGUUUUUCGAGGGAGAGUUCGGAAAGCUGUGCCGCAACAAGACGCAAGCUAUCGUAUCUUUGUCGUCUACGGAGGCAGAGUACAUUGCUGCCGGGGAGGGUGUGAAGGAAGCUUUGUUUGUGCGUGCAGUGCUUUCGUUUAUUGCCCCAGAGACCAGUGGCAGCAGCAUUCAGGUCCUUGAGGACAAUCAGGGGGCUAUGGCUUUGGUGCAGAACCCCCUUAGCUCAGCGCGUAGCAAGCACAUCGACGUGCGGUACCACUUCAUUCGUGGAUUGUUGAGGUCGGANUUCAGCAAGCACAUCGACGUGCGGUACCACUUCAUUCGUGGAUUGUUGAGGUCGGAGGAAAUCUCGAUCAAGUUUGUGUCGACGUCGGAGCAGCAUGCCGAUAUGCUUACCAAGGCUCUUAGCAAGAGCAGUCUGCAGUACCAACGGCGCAAGUUGAUGAAUUUUCCGGAGUAG